UCCAGCUUGUAUUAGCACAAGUACAGCCAAGAACUUCAGUUCUCUCUCCAAGAAUGGCUGUCUUCUCUGCUUCUCAAUUGGCUUUUGUUUUUGGCGUUCUUGGAAAUGGGGUGUCGUUCUUGGUGUACUUGUCUCCGAUACCGACUUUCUAUAGGAUAUGUAAGAGAAAAUCAACGGAAGGAUUCCAGUCUAUACCCUAUUCGGUUGCACUAUUCAGUGCCAUGCUCUACUUGUACUAUGCUUAUCUCAAGGAGAAAAAUGGGAUUUUGCUCAUUACUAUUAACAGCUUCGGAACUGCCAUUGAACUGAUAUAUCUCACAAUCUUCUUGAUAUAUGCCACCCGAGAGGCCAAGAUUUACACUACGAAGCUGGUUCUUCUGUUAAAUAUAGGAUCAUUUGGAGCAAUCGUCGCCUUGACAUAUAUAUUCGCCAAAGAUAAGACGCGAGUCACUAUUGUCGGAUGGAUCUGUGCUGUCUUUUCUGUCUGCGUCUUUGCUGCUCCUCUAAGCAUUAUGAGACGCGUUAUAAGAACAAGGAGCGUGGAGUUCAUGCCAUUCCCUCUUUCUUUCUUCCUCACAAUCUGUGCCGUAAUGUGGUUUUUCUAUGGUCUCUUGAUAAAGGACAUGUACAUUGCCACGCCAAACAUUCUAGGGUUUACAUUUGGAAUUGCUCAGAUGAUACUGUACGCAAUCUUCAGAAACAGAAAGCAACAAAUCCAACCGGCAGACAGUAAUCUGAAAGAUUUGACACAAGUCGUCAUAGACAUGAAAGCAAUGGUAUUGGAGAUGCAAGAAAAUUCUGAUCCGAAUAAGGAAGCCCAAGUUGAUGAUACUGAUGAAAAACAGACUAAUAAGCAAGAAGUUGUUGCACAAACAACUUCUAACGUAUGAGAAAAUCCAAGCCCAUUUAAUAUGGAACCUAUGGCUUCUGCUUGGCUGAAGAAACUAAUAUUACCAGAAAAAGCAACGGCGAAAGCUAAGCUCUAGGGGUAUUAUAUCUAGGGCCUUCUACAAAGAGAAACUUAGCCCGUACAAGAUAUUUCCAUUCUUUUUUACGUAGAAAAUGUAUAAUCAAUUAAAUAGCUAUAAGCUGAAGGGUAAAAAGAACGUAUAAAAAAGCCUAUAAUGUGUCAGAUGAAUUCAUGCUACUGUGUUCGUUACGUUAUUGAUAAAAUUUGCGAAUUAAGGGUUGCAACUGCUUCCUUGAUUUGUGGUUAUAUAUAAAUGCUUGUUCAAUCUAUAUAUAGUCUC